AUCCGUGACAGCUCUGACUGGCUAGUUUGGAUUUUGGAUACGCUGUGUGAAAUUGUUAUUUCUUGUGAUUUCUAUUUGUUUAAUUGUUAUAUUUGAAAUCGAAAACAUGGAGCUAUCAGCUGAGGGUAAAACUCCAGAAUACAUGGCCCUGGCUGGCAUUAAAUUCAAGCUGACUUUGCCCGAUUUAAUAAAUGAUGCACAGCUUCGGGAGCAACUAUUUCAAGGGAUAAAGGCUGGAAAUAUGGCCCCCUAUUACAAGGAGGUUUGUGCUGAGUUGGGCUGGCCAUUUGAUCAAAAGUUACAUGAUGCCAUGGCUAAAGAGAAUCAAGAUCGAUUAUCUAAAUUCGAGGAGGAUGAUUCCGAGACGCCAGUUUGGCAGGACAGAUUAGACUACAUGUGCUCUAUUGGCGACAAAGAGAGCGCCACGGCUUUGGCUACUUCUAAAUAUGAAGACUCCACCUUGACCACCAAUAGAAGACUUGACGCUAUAUUUGCGUUGUUCAGAAUUGCCUACUUCCACGGCUGCAAUGUGAAGGAUAUGGGAAAGGCUAUUAAUAAGGCCCAUGAGCUGGUAGACAAAGGCGGAGACUGGCGUUCAAGGAACAAGCUGAAGGCCUAUGAAGCUAUCUACUGCCUGGCUGUCAGAGACUACAGCAAAGCUGCAGACCUCUUCAUUGACUGUGUCUCCACUUUUGAGUCUUAUGAAUUGGUUGAUUUUGGCACAAUAAUCCAAUACUGCGUGCUAGCCUGCGCAUUGGCGCUGGAGCGCCACGCGCUGCAAGCGGCGCUGCGGCGGCAGGGCGCCGCCGUGCAGGCGCUGCGCUCGCGCUUCCCCGAGCUGCGCGAGCUCGUCGAGUCCCUGCACGAGUGCCGGUACGCGGACUUCAUGAAGAGCUUAGCCUGGGUGGAGACCCAGAUCUGCGUGGACCCGGUGUUCCGUCCGCACUACCAGCACUACGUGCGCGAGGCGCGCAUCAAGGCCUACGUGCAGCUGCUGCGCGCCUACCGCUCGCUGAGUCUCGACAACAUCGCCGCCACCUUCGGCGUCACCCGCGAGUUCGUUGAGGAGGAGAUCUCCAACUUCACGGCGGCGGGGCGGCUGCAGUGCCGCAUCGACGCGGUGGCGGGCUGCGUGGUGACGGGCGCGGGGCGCGGCGCCGACGCCGACCGCUCGCAGCUCUACCAGGCCACCAUCCGCGAGGGCGACCUGCUGCUCAACCGCGUCAAGAAACUCGCCAGCGUCAUCAACUUCUAGCCGCUACCCGCUCCUACAUGUAUUAUCUACCCGAGUGCUUGCCCUUUCACAUACAGUCAGCAGAAGCUGCUAAGCGGGCGAGGUGUUCAAAACUACUUUGACACGCACUUAUUCUCUUAACCCUUUAUAAGGCAUUAGGGUGUCAGGAAUUGUGCAAAUUUGAACCCUACCACUUAGAAAUAAAGUUCGAAAUCAGGUGGGAAAUAUGUUCCCUCUGUCUUAUAAAGGCUUAACACUAAUGUCGCAUCAAGAUCAUUUUGAACACCUGGCCUGCUUAGCAACUUCUGCUGCUGACUGUACGUACAGUGAGUGCCCCAAUUUAAGUACCCAGGUCGACGUCGACUGUACCGCGCAGAUACAGAUAAAUGAGUUGAUUGACAAUUUCUUGUUGUUAUUCUGUCCCAUCGGCCGGAAGAAAACAGUGAAAAAUUACAUGUGACAUAUGUCAAACAUGUGAAAGGGCCAAACAUUAUAAUAUUAAACCACAAAUAUGAGUCAGUUUCUUGCCUGACAGGCUCCAAGUAUGAUAUGUAGGUAUUGUAGAUCUAACGAACGUUUGUAACAUUUUAAAAGUCACAUCAACUGUGCGAAAACCACCACGCAUAUUUUAGCAACAAUGUAAUUAUUUACCUACUUCACUAAUAAUUUGAAUUGUACCUACUGAAAUUUAUUUUAUAAACAUCUCAAUAUAAAAAUAUAAUAAGUAA